AUGGCACAUCUUCCACGACAAUCAAAAGCACCUCAACUUCCAGUACUUUACGUAAAAAAUUUGAGCUUUAAAGUAUCUACUGAAGAGCUUUUUGAUCUUUUUGGAAAGUUCGGUCCAAUAAGACAAAUUCGAUUGGGAAAUGACAAUACUACUCGUGGAACAGCAUACGUAGUCUAUAUCGACUAUAACGACGCAAAAACGGCAUGCGAAAAGCUCAAUGGAUUCAAUUUUUCAGAUAGAUAUCUUACAGUACUUUAUCAUCAACCUGAAAAAAUGUCAGGAAAAACAGAUACAGCAGACGAUAUUGCAUUAAGACAAGCUAAUCUUGAUAAACUUAAACGAGAAUAUAAUAUUGAAUAA